GCAAAUUAUUUUGUAGGUUUAUUUCAUAAAAAUUAUUGUAUAAGUAGCUAAGAGUUGAAAAUUUAAUACAAGGUUUUUCAUAAGUUUAGCUUACAAUUAUUAUAAAAGAACUUAAAUUUUGUUGUAUUCAGGCCAUUAAAACAUAAACCACCUUUUUCACCAACCACUAGAAAUUAUAUCCUAGGCUGACAAAUCAUCUUCGUUCAGAAUCGUUUUUCGUAUACAAUGAUAACUAUCAUUGGAUUCAAAUUUAACACUCCUAUAAUAUAUAAUAAUGAUCCAUACGGCACCUAAUGUACAGCAGAGCGGCACUCACUUGCCCGCUUUUUUAUAACUGGAUCUAUAUUGCUUUUUUUGUUUCAUUAGAAAUUGUUGUGGCAUCAAAUGAAAUUUGGCACGAUAUAAGUGUUUAUCUAAAUGGCGUCGUUAGUAAGAAUGCUAUACAUGUGUUCGUGCAUCGCGAUCGUCAUAACGUGAAAGCAGCUUUAGGUUUUCAAAAAGAGCAAACAUUUGACUUUCACAGUAUUUCGAAAAAUGUCAAUAUGGAAAGCUUCAAUGAACGGGAUGAUUCAAACUUAAUAGAUGAAUCUAGUGAUUAUAGCAGUGAUGAUACACUAAAUAAAUUACCAACUAAAUGUUUUACAUUUACUUUUUCAACCGACGAAUGGAAACAGAUACAGCCCCAGGAAGUAGUUUACAAGAUGAAUGAUCGUAUGAAUAAAAAAAUAGUACUCGAUCCUACUAUAUUCUUCCGAAAGGAUCAUGGACAUCUUUACUAGCAGAAUUUUUUUGGGAACAUACGAAAUUACCUUGUUGUAUAGCGUUCAAAAGAGCAAAAGUAUAUGAAUUUGGAAAUUAUUAUAUAACUGUAGAUGGUAGAUGUUCCGUAUGUAGAUCAAUUUUUAAAGGAAUUGUUUCAGACAAACCAUCUGAAAAUUCAAGGUAGUUUUUUAUUUUAAAUAUUUCUAUUGAACAAUUACUUAUUUCAUUAAAUACAUUUUCAU